UGAACAUCAGAGGUGCAGGUCCUCAACGCAGCUUGCGGAAUCUGCCUGUAGCUUCGGGAAGGGAAUGCUGCCCCUCUGCUAUGGCCGCAUGAUCAAUGUGACAUGCGAGGUGUAGGAGUAAAAAGGCGAGCCAUUUUAUGUAAAUUCAAGCGUUUUCAGCAAUUUCACUCAUUGUUUUCAAUCACUUGACGCCAUGCUGAUUCAUUUGCAGUGUUUGCAAGUUCAUAGACUUGUACAGAGGUGUAAGUGCAAUGUGCCAUGACUGUGAGGGCGAUCUCGCAUAACGGUUCCUGCCGAUAGGGCCGCUAGGGCGCCUUGUGAAAGAGAAUGUGGAGUUGAAAUUGAUGAUUGGAAUACAAGUAGAAAGACACGAAGAACACAAUUUCAAUCAUGAUUGGGAUGAGAGCUGGGAAGACGACAACAGUUCCUGGUCGUCAGGGCCAUGGGGAUGCAGCACUUCAUGGCAUAGUGGAAGCAAGCGGGCAAGGGCAAAGCUAAGGGCAAGGGCAAAGCUGUGACCUCCACACCGCUCCCUGCAGAAGACUUGUUGAACCAUCUCCUCCGCCACUGCAAGGCAGCCCAAUUUGGGUCUCGCAACACACUAACCUGGGAAAGGAUCGAAGACCUUGUGCUGGAUGCGCCAGUCACUCGCAGUUGGCGGAAGUACUCGUUUCAACAGAAGAUGGAUGGUGUCGACUGGGAGUGCCUUGAAGAUAACAAGGAUGCCGAACACCAGCUGUUGUGCCCACCAUACGAUCGACCCCUCCGAGUGAUCUGUUUUUUGUUGCCGCCGUGGGCAGCAGAGCCAGACAAAAAGAAUAGAAACAAGACUUCGAUCACCAACACCAGUGGCCAACAGGAAGAAGCCGGCUGUGGCUACAACUUGAACCUGGGAGUUGCGUUUCGCUUGCGGGAACAGCAGCGAGCGUGCUUUAGAUCGUGUAAUGAGGCAAGUGUUGUAGUGGGCAGGCUUGGGCGCACGCAUAUCAUCAGUACUCCCAUGUUACGUCUGGAACUUGUUUGCUCCGAGUGUGGGAACACUUGCCUCCCCACAACCCCCCUUCACUACGCCAACACUUGUUCCAAGUCGGGCUGCCCUCGCUGUGUUGCGCGGGGAGGGUGUGGAUUGCUACCUGGACUGAGCGGGGACGCAGCUCUGUGGUGCAAGCGGCGCCUCCUGGAGCUGCACUAUACCUGUGGGCGCUCUAUGUUCAACACCUUCCGAUUGCCGGGUUGCUGGAUCACGUCUCCGAACAUCAGGGUAUUGUGUUGGUCUGUGAUCACAAAACCGAUGUCCUGGCCAGGUUGUAGUGUUGGAUGCUAGGCCAAAGCCAGAGUGUCAGGUCCCCCUUCAGCCGGUCUUGCUCAGACACCCACACUACGGUGACCUCUGCCUACGCACUUGGCGACAGAGUGCAAUUGGCGAGCUUCGAGCCCCUGUUCCUGCGUCGAGAACCUUAAGCAAUUGCUGCCUCCCGCUCUGCGUGCUAGGACGCAACAGCGGUUGGGCUUACGAGUCUCCUGUUGCUGCUGGUGGUUUCUGGCCUGACAUUGAGUAUCCGAAGGGCUUAGCCUACAGCCUUCCGGCUGGCAGGAGGUGGAUCCUGUCCUUCUGUCCAGCGAGAGACGGCGUCUUUCUGGCUGGUCAGUCCUGUCAGGAUGCAGGAUGCGGCGCCAGGUUUAGUACACUUCACGCGCGCGCGCAAACAGAGUAUGGGCAGAGUUGGGUUUCAAUCUCCGCACCUGCCGGCGUCCGAAACCCAGAACUCCUCCCUAACCCCGGCGCUGUUGUGUUGGAACCCUUGCUGUCAGGCGCCGCCCUCGAACCUUGGAAUCCCGGGCGCUGUUGCCAUGGUGCUGCUGUCAGGAGCCAGAUAUCCAACGUCAAGACGAUGUGCAGAUUCCUACGUACAACAUCCGCAUCCAAGUCUUUCUCUCCAUGCAGCAUUUUCUCGCUCAACAAGUUGUUCUUCUCAGGCAAGCACUGGACGCCGCAGUCCUUUGCUUCCAGCAGCUACUGCUGGACUCCCGCUACUUGCGGCCACCCUUUGGCGACGUGCUCGUCAAAGCGUGGCGCGGGUGGUUCGUGGCGCGGCGAACAUCAACCUCGAGGCAGGUGAAAAGGUUGUUGGCAUCGACUUGGGCACAACCAACUCAGCAGUUGCAGCCCUUGAAGCUGGAAAAGCGACAGUCAUUCCCGGCUCAGAUGGUGGCCGAACAACGCCAAGUGUGGUGGCGUAUAGCAAGUCUGGAGAGUUGCUUAUAGGGCAAAAGGCCAAGCGGCAAGCAGUGGUCAAUCCUGGCAACACGUUCUCUUCCGUGAAGCGUUUCAUUGGCAGGCUCAGGAGCGAGGUUGAUGAGGAAGCAUCAGAGGUGUCAUACACUGUCGUGGAUCCGUCCGAGGUCCUUGGGGUUCGAAUCUUUUGCCCUUUCUUGGACAGGGAGUUGGCACCUGAAGAGAUCUCUGCGCAAGUGCUUCGAAGGCUUGCCACCGAUGCCGCGAAGUAUCUGGCAGCUGAUGUCAAGAAAGCUGUAAUUACCGUGCCCGCAUAUUUCAAUGAUUCCCAGCGACAAGCUACCAAAGAUGCUGGUGCAAUCGCAGGCCUAGAAGUACUCCGCAUUGUUAAUGAACCCACAGCUGCUUCUUUGGCUUACGGGCUGGAAAUGCGCGACACCAACGAGACCAUCUUGGUUUUUGACUUGGGUGGAGGAACGUUUGAUGUAUCAGUUCUCGUUGUCGGCGGUGGUGUUUGCGAAGUCCUUGCAACCAGUGGCGACACAAAGCUUGGCGGCGACAACUUCGACAAAUGCAUCGUGGAUUGGCUGGCGAACAGGUUUGCAUCCAGGCAAAGCAUUGAUCUUCGCAAUGAUCCACAGAGCCUACAACGCCUAACUGAAGCUGCCGAAAAGGCAAAGAUUGAGCUUUCCAGUGUGCUGAGCACCACGAUUUCUUUGCCGUUCAUUGCGGUGGAUGACUCGGGAUCUCCACUUCAGCUAGAUGAAGAGCUCAGCCGAGAGGAAUUUGAGCGGCUUUGCUCACCAUUGCUGGAACGACUAAAAAGCCCUGUCCAGAAAGCUCUGAAAGAUGCUGGCUUAAAGUACAGAGACUUGGAUGAGGUAGUGCUGGUUGGAGGUUCAACCAGGAUUUGUGCCGUGCAAGAGCUUGUCCGCGAAUUGGUCGGAGGCAAAGAACUGAAUCAGAGCGUAAACCCUGAUGAAGUGGUGGCAAUGGGAGCGGCAGUUCAAGCUGGCGUGCUUGCAGGCGAAGUCAAGGACCUUGUCCUGCUUGACGUGAUUCCAUUGUCCCUGGGAGUUGCUACUCACGAUGGGCUCAGCUCAGUCUUCCUCCCAAGAAACACUCGUGUGCCAGUGAAGAAAACGAAGGUUUUCUCAACGGCCAAAGACAAUCAGGCACGAGUCACGGUGGAAGUGGUGCAGGGUGAAUUCCGCCAAGCGACUCAGAACAAAGAGCUCGGUGUCUUCAUCUUAGAAGGAAUUCCUCCCGCGCCUGCAGGGAUUGCUCAAAUUGAGGUUACCUUCGAUGUGGACAGCAAUGGCAUUCUCAGUGUUUGCGCUAUGGACAAAGCUACACGCCAGGAGAAGCAAGUGACGAUCUCUGGAUCUUCCACUCUGGCUCCGGAAGAUGUGCAAGAGAAGGUCAAGGAGGCUCGACAGAAGGCUGCUGAAGAAGCAUUUUUUGAAGCGGUCACCAUGGUGAAGAACGAUGCAGAAUCUGCAGCAUUUGCCGUGGAACGACUCUUGAGGGACCAGAAGAAGAAAUUGAAAGCUUCCAGGGUUGAGGUGCUGGAGUCGAAGCUUCUCCUGGCGAGGGACUUGCUUCAACAAGAUCCUGUUCCAACAGAGCUUCUCAAGGAGGUGACUGAGGAUCUGCGAGCUGAAGUCAGGAACAUUGUGAAGCGUAAGGUGGAGGAAAAGUAUGACAUCGAACAAGGCUUCGCGUCGCCAGAAGAACAGAAGCGAAAGCGGGCAGCAUUGUAGAAGAGUUCCCGGUACAUAGUCCUGUACAGUUUGCGCAGCAAACCAAAGGCUUCAAGAUGUUGUCAGGGUUUUGCUCUCCUGGCCAGUCUCACCAUUUCUCCCAGUGAGAGGCUGUGCACCAACACUGCCCGC